CCUGCACGGGACAGACUGAGCUUGCUUCAAUCCGGUUUCCAGUUAAAAUGCAAAAGGAAGCUGUCAGUCUGGCGUAAGAAGAACACAGAGAUGAAUGCUGCUCCAUGUUCAUAGAUAUUUCAGAUAAACGGGUGCAAGUUCUCCCCGCCUUUGCUUACUGCGCUUAGGAAAGCAGCCUUUCUCCUUCAGGUUAUCUAGUUUGCUGAGGUUAUUUUUGUUCUGCUCAACAAGGUUCCUUUAAGUGAAAAUCCUUGAGAUAUUAAAAGUCUGGUUUAGCGUUUGCCACUGUCAUAGUUGACCUCAGUCACUGUUUAUUCACGGCUCAGCAUUCAAAGUGCUCACCCGUGGCUUUUGGUCACAAACGGUGCCCGUGAGAGGCUUGUCUCGUGCCAUGAGCCUCACUUAUUCCAGGCUCAGUCCAGCAUCCAUCCAGUUCAUGGAAAUCCUGGAAAGAACCCGUUGACAUCAGUAACAGUUGUAAACCCCUUAGAAAUGUGCGGUAGGUUUUGGUCUACGGCACAGUAGUUUUGUGGCGGUGCUGCCUUCAGCCAGUGUCGGAGCGACUCUUGUACAGCAAGAGCUGCGCGCUCCUUGGCACACUGGCCUUCUAGUGCUGCUGACGCAGGAAUUAGGUUUUGGGUUUGUUUUCUUUUUUAACCCUGCUACAAUAAUGAUCACGGACUGGCAUUUCUGAGAGAAAUAACGGGUUUGACAUGCCAGUUGCUCCAGAUGAGCAGCACCCACUGCAGUGCCCUUCCGUCCUUUGCCACGGUGCUCCCCUUCGGGUGCUUCCCACAACGAAGCACAACGUUAUUCAAAGCCGGGGCCUGCCUGGCCCCAGCCCUGCAGUUCAGCAGCUGCGAAACACAGGCGAGAAAGCAGAGAAGUGUCAGAAAGUGGCUUCCUGUGGCCCUGAAGGGGCUGCCCGCGGGGCUGCCGGUGCUGCUGCCCGGCCACACCACCUAACCCGAGGUGGGACCGGGACUCCUCCCGGCCUGCAGGGGGCGCGCCAGGCCCGCGCUGCCCCACCGGAAGGAAGCCCCCGCCCCGCCCCUCCCCUGCCUACCCAACAUCUAGGCGCCCUAUUGGCUGCGCUGCUUGCUGCCGCCCUGUCGGGUGGGCGGUGGCGACGGCGCCAUGGCGGAUCGGUUAACGCAGUUGCAGGAUGCGGUGAACUCGCUCGCAGACCAAUUCUGCAAUGCCAUUGGAGUGUUGCAGCAGUGUGGCCCCCCAGCCUCUUUCAGCAACAUUCAGACAGCAAUAAACAAAGAUCAGCCUGCUAAUCCAACAGAAGAGUACGCCCAACUGUUCGCAGCAUUGAUUGCACGAACUGCGAAAGAUAUUGAUGUUCUAAUAGAUUCCCUGCCUAGUGAAGAAUCAACGGCAGCUUUGCAGGCUGCCAGUCUGUAUCGAUUAGAAGAAGAAAAUCACGAAGCAGCUGCCCGGUUGGAAGAGGUCGUUUAUCGUGGGGAUAUGCUGCUGGAAAAGAUCCAGAGCGCCCUGGCAGAUAUCGCCCAGUCACAGCUGAAGACGAGGAGCGGUACGCACAGCCAGCCCCUGCCAGACUCGUAGCGCCAGAGGGCAGCGCGCCCUCGCAAAACCCAACUGUGGAAAGACGCGUUGGAAACACGGCUCUCGGUCCACGGGGAGCUCCGAGUGUAACUCGGGAGUGCUCUGAUUGUCUGUAAUGAUGUCUUUUAUCAAAGCUUGAACUGAAGGUUUUGUAUGAGAAUCAGUCAUUCUGUUCUACAAUUACGUGUAUUGAUAUAUGUUUCUUUGACUUAAAAUAUUAAUUUCUGAGCUUUCUUUUCUGUUCAUAAAUAUGUCUGACUUCAGUCUGAUUUGUUAUCUUCAUUACACUGGCCUUAGUCCCUAAAGGAAAUUCAGUGGGAAAAUAUAUUAAGAGGAUUUGUGUAAUUUGCUUACUCCUACUUUCAAACUUUUACGUUCUUGGUGUAUUUUUUAUAAGGUUCAAACACAGACGCACCUGAAUUUGCCAGAGUUCCGUGGCAGCGCUGCCAGAGACAGUGCUAGGCAAUGAUGUAAAUACAGUGGUGGCCAUCUGUUUUAAUUAACAGAAAUGGUAAUUAAACAUUUGUAUUACUACUUGGCUGGUUUACCACACUUUACAGAGCAAGUAAAGGGAUAAGUUAACUCUGAUGUUUGCAGAGUAAGUGUUCUUGCCAUUGGCAUCUCAUUUAAAAAAAUAUUAAUCUGCAGGUAUCUAUUAUUGUAUUUAUUAUUGUUUGUAAUUCACGAGUGGGUCUUUGACACCAUUAUUGCCUCUGACACACUUACUCUUACUUGCUUGUGACAUUUCUCUGUGUCUGCUAAUAUUCUGCAUUCUCGUGGCAACUGGUGAAUGCCUUUAAAGCAGACAGUAAUGAGGAAGCAUUGGAUGACUGGGAAGAAAUUAGCAAUGGGGAAACUGAAAAUAACUUAUUAUGUAAUGUUGCUUUUCACUGUAAGCAGUGGCUGCCAUGUGAAUGCUGUGAUGAGAAGCAGCAACAGGCUUGUCAUCCCCAACAUGCCCUAGAGAGUUUCUUGGUUUUUAUCUUCACACACUGAAUAAAUUUUUGCCCCUUGUGUUAGGAUUGUAGAAGUACCAACAUCUCUUUUUAUGUUUUUAAAAAAACCCCAACAAACCAACCACUAGAUAAUGUAGGGUUCAAUGCCUGAGCUUGGUGUUGAACUGUUAGUCAUUGUCUGUAUUUUUGAGCCUUGCAUUAUUGUAGGAUGCUGGUUAUUGCCACGUAGCUGCUCAUUUCCUGAUCAAAACUACCUACUUCUAUAUAUUGGACAUGCUGUCAUAACCUUGAAAGUUACACAUGCCACUAUUGUAUAUAGAGAGAUAAGAGCAAUUCAGAUAUGUCUUUAGCCUGCUGAUCCUUAAGGAAUUAGGCUUUUCAGUACUUUACCUGAGUCUAGUUUAGUGAAUGUUGCCAAUUUAAUAGAGAUGCAGUUUGCGAUACAGUUGAAAACAAGUAACAAUAGAGAGCCAAAAUUGCUCUUUUUUUCCUUGAGAAACAAUGUAAUAUUUGAGUGACUAAUACCGCAACAUGCGUGACCCCUACUUCUUGUGUGUUGUGUUGCUGGACUAGCUGUUGUAAAUGUUCACCUGCUCUUUUACAGUUGGCAGCUC